CAGACAAGAGACGAAAGAAUUUCGGAAAGUUAUCAAGUUAUCAAGAAGGACUCACUAACCGUAGAAAUAGACGAAGGACAACCGUGUCUAAGUGCAAGAGUCAAUGCCCGGGUUAUAAAUCUCACGUUUGGAGAGCUAUCUGCGAUCAUUGUAAAUGCGUGCGUGAAUGCCACGAAAUUCGUCGCGAUGGCGCGUUUAACGCCCGAGCUUGGAUGGGACUUAAGGAUCAACUCGAACAAAACGGAGUAGAAGAUAAACGGACUGCCGUAGAGGAAGGAUAUUCGUGGGUACCACCAGACUUAGCUCCAGACAAAAUUCAAUCGUACUUCGCGCGGAUUCCUUCCGGAAAAGUACCUAAAUCUGGAACUCCCGGUGGAAAAACUCGUGAAAAACAACUAAUUAUAAAACUUCCCGAUAAACACUUUUCUAUGAAAAUCUGCAAAUUUUUAAAGAAGGUGUAUCAACAGCUUUGUAUAGACUUUAUUAACGAACACGAUAAAACAGCAAUGGAUAUCGCUUAUGUCAAAAGUGCUAUGGAACGUACAGUACUGUACUUCUGUAAAGAUGCAAACAAAUGUAACGACGACGUAUACAAACUCACAUUAACGUAUACAUUUUUUACACGUGAAAUAAAUAAACAGUUUAUCAGAAAAAGAAAAUCAAAAGAUUAUUUAAAAAUAAAAAUGAAGUUUGGCAUAGGUAUAGUAAGAAAAAGUCAUGGCUUUGACUACUUUUGUCAACUUUAAUUAAUUUUUUUUUUGCCUAUUGUUUAUUUA